AUGGAUCCCCUCUCCAUAUCCUUUGGCAUCGUCGGCGUCCUGCCCCUCAUCGCCAAGGCCAUCACCACCGCCCGCUCAUACAUCCAAUCCGUCGCCGGCGCCGAGAAGAUGAUCACCGCCCUCAUCCUCGAGCUCGAGGUCCUCCAGGGCGCCAUCCGCAAGCUCGACGCCCUCCUCCGCAGCGAGGCCCUCGGCGACGACGACCUCAAGUUCGACCAGACCUCGGUGCUGCUCUCGUGCUCCGCCGCCAUCGAGGCCAAGCUGCAAGAGCUGGUCGGCAAGCUCACCCACGAGUCCUCCGGGCGGAAGCUGGGCGCUCGUCGCCUGCUGUGGCCGCUGUCGGAGAAGGAGCACCAGAAGACGCUGGCGGAGCUGCGCAGCCUGUCCGGCUGGGUCCAGUUCGCGCUGUCGGUCGACGGGUGCCGGCUGCUGGCGCGGACGUCGGAGAAGGUGGUGGAGGUGCUCGCGGGGCAGCUGGAGCAGUUCCAGGCCAUGCGGCGGCUGGACACGGCGACGACGGAGAUGCUCGGCGCGGUGCGGAAGCAGGCGGCGGUCGCCGAGCGGGAGGGUCGCGGGAGGAUCCUGGACUGGCUGUCGACGGCAAGGUACGAUGCGCGGCAUGCCAUUCUGCGGCGCGAGCGGGCAAAGAAUACGGGGAGCUGGCUGCUGGAAAGCGCCCGCUUCACGCAGUGGCGAGACGGGCUCGCGGCCUCCCGGGUUCUCUGGUGUAACGGGAUCCAGGGCUCUGGCAAGACCAUUCUGGCCUGUGCCGCCAUCGACGAGCUGCGCUCGCAUGGGUCGCUGGCGUAUUUCUACUUUGACUACCAGGACCACGACUCGCAGCCGCCGCUCGCAGUCGUCUCCUGCAUCCUGCGGCAGCUCCUCGAGCAACUACCCGAUCUGCCCGCCUCGGUCAAAGAGCUCUACGAGGCCCGCAACAAGCUGGAGGGCCGACAGCUGCCUGAAUACGAGCGCUUGCUUGACGAGGUUGUCCGAGGGUCAGAAGUGACUUAUCUGGUUCUGGACGCACUGGACGAAUGUGAGCAUGGUAGGUACAUGCUGCAGCUCAUCGACAGGCUGAAUCAGAUAGAAAAUUGCCGCAUUUUGGUUACCAGCAGACCACACGUGUAUAAGCAGUUGCCCGUCUCUCGAUCAUAUUCGGAAAUUAAGAUUGAGGCUCGAGAAGAAGACAUAAAACGCUACGUCCUCGAACAAUGCGAUGUGGCAGAUAUUCAUCAGAUUGCGGAUGAGCACUUUGUGGACCAGCUGGUUGACAAGCUCACCCGAAGCGCAAGUGGAAUGUUUCUGCUCCCUGUACUGCAGCUUCGCACCGUUCUCAACGAGCCGACCAUCGGUGAGAUGGAGGACAAGCUCGAGCAGCUGACCGACGUCCUGUCCGACGCCUUCGAGGAGACGCUCUCCCGCAUCCAGCGGCUGCCGGGAAGUCGCAGCCGGCUGACCCUGUCAGCGCUGAUGCACCUCGCCCACGCCAAGCGACUCCUGCAGGCGGCCGAGCUCAGCGACGUCCUGGCACUUCGACCGGACAGUACUUCGGUCAACGCAAAGUACCGGCCGACGGCCAAGAUAAUUCUCGAGUGCUGCCAGGGCCUCGUGACCCUCGACGAGCAGACCGGCCAGCUGCGACUGGCGCACUACUCGAUACAAGAGUAUCUAGUCGCGACGUCGGAGACGCUGUUCCCUCAGUUCGAGGUUAAGUUGGCGCUCAACUGCCUUGGAUAUAUGCUAUUGGAUGACUUUAAGGCGGGGCCGUUUGAUACAAGGGAAGAAAUCGACGCGCGGCUCAAGGCGUAUCCGUUCCUCUCCUACGUCUCCGAGUUCUGGGGUAGCUACGUCCAGCCCGUAGAGACGGACCUGGAGGUAUGGGACAAGUUACUCGCCUUCUACAUGUCUCUGUCGGCAGCCUCGGCCGCCACCCAGGUGCUGUUUUACCAAAAGGGCUACCACGAGGGCUACUACGGCGUGCAAGAAUCCGUCAGCACCACGCCGCUGCACCACGCCGCCGUCAACUGUCUGGUGCACUCCACGCGCGGGCUGCUCGAGCACUUUGCCGUCGACGAGGCCACCGCUAUGGGCACCACGCCCAUAAUCAAGGCCGCCGCUGGCGGGCACGUCGCCGUCGUUGCGCUGCUCCUCGAGCACGGCGCCGACCCGCGUCUCCAAAACUGGUACGGCGAUGCGCUGCAGUGCGCCGCCGAGGCGGGUGAAUGCGCGACCAUCCGGCAGCUGGUGGAAUGGGGCAUGAGUCCGGACGGGGAGCCCGGUUGCGACCGCUCGCCGCUGAGCUGCGCGCUGGACCGGGACAGCGCGCACGCCGUCGAAGUGCUGGCGGGCCUCGGCGCGGACUUGCGUCUGGAUAACGAAGACGAGCACGAGAAUGUCUUCUUGGAGGCUUGCCAUAGGAACGGCGAGAAAACGGUCGAGUUGAUGCUGCGUCGCGGGUGGGUGGACUUGCGGUCGCGGCCGCAUCACACGGUGCUGGCGAUGCGCGCAGCGACCCUGCCGAUGCUGCGGAGACUGAUAGAGGCUGGUGCUGAUGUGAAUGCCGUGGACAAGCACGGUCGCACCGCACUCUGGUACAUGAGGCAGGAGUUCAAUGAUAAGGCGAUUGAUAGCCUGCAGGGAGCAGGGGCAACGCUCGAUGGGAACACACGGUUGAUGAAUGUCGGUGUUUCUACUCGUGAGCUCAAGGUCGAUGAGCUUGGUGAGAAUGGAUUAGGCGUUGAAAGCAUUGAAACACAGCGCGCCACAACUCUGGUUCCGGGGCCGAAUGGGCAGUUCCAGUGCGAUGUUCCAGGAUGUGCACUCAAGUUUGAUGAAAGUGUCGAGCUGCAGUAUCAUCAGUACUAUAAGCAUGACAGCCACGGACGCCUCUUGACGGGGCUUGUCACUUCAACCUCCUCUUCGAAGGGAAGCUUCGAAGCCCACGCGCGUGACCUAGCAGGCGACGCAAACCACUCCCCAUUACCUAUUCGAAGCCAGGAUAAGAAACUUGACAGUGCCGGCUAG